AUGUUUUUCACCUGGGUUGGUGCUCGGAAGUCUGAUGUAGACAAGCUGGACUGUGAGCGCCGACCUGGUCCAGAAGAAGAACGCAUCAUCGAGAGCGCUGGAGAACUCAAGCCUAUGGAUCCCGCACAAGCUCGACAGGAUCGCAUCGAGGCUCUAAAGAGACUACAAAAGGAAGUAGAAGCAAGCCCAACGGACCGCGUCAUCGUGGAGUGGGAUACGACCUGCCUUAAGGAUCUUCCGUCAAGAGUGGCGGAAUCCACGGCUGCUCAGGAUGAUGGCUCCGUUCCCGUCUUCGACGAGUACGAGCUUCACGACUCGUCGGAGCGAAUCGUAUUGAAGCGAGGAGUUUAUCUAAGAGACAGGAUCGGAGUAAAGGACAAAACCGACCCCGAAGUUCGCCAGACGCUCAGAGGACGUGAAUAUGCUCUGGGCAUCAUUGCCAGCGCUUUAGGUCUCCAAGUAUGGGGUCCUGCAAGCGGGGCACCCUGCGAGGGACAGUGUAGAAAGGCGCUGCAGAGUGUCAUGCUCGCGAAAGACGUACCGACGCUUGAAGCGGCACACUAUUCGCGACUCGGUGUCGACGUCUUGCACCUCAAAAAUCUAAGAAAGCAGAAGGAGGACUUUGUUGGAGACCAAGCUUAUCCUUUCGUUGACGACCUCGGCCACGGGACGUCCGUGACAUCUGUUCUUGCAGCCCGACACGGUAACAACGCUGGCGGCAGAGGCAUCAUGUCGACUGGCAAGGUCAUGUGCCUGCGAGUGGGUGGGCGCGACGGUAUUUGGCUUUCCGACACCAUUCCUGCGCUCGAUUACGCUUUGAGAAUGGGUGCCAAGGUGUCCAACCAUUCGUACGGUGGGAAAGGGUUCGACCAAGCGGAAUUCACGGCUUUUCGACGAGCAUCUGAAGCUGACCACUUAGCUGUUACGGCAGCUGGUAACAGUGGCUGCGACGUCGACAGCGAUGACACCUGCCUGUUCACUCCCGGGGCUUUCGAUCUCGAGGGCAUCCUGAAUGUUGGAGCGAAUGAUGUCACCGGGCACCGGGCGACCUUUUCUAAUUACGGGAAGAACGCUGUCGACGUGUUUGCUCCGGGACAAAGCAUAUUCGUCGGGACCAACAAAAUGCCAAACCAGGUGGAAAAAACAUGCAAGUAUUGCUACGAGUUUAUAGACGGCACAUCUUUCGCCGCGCCGAUGGUGUCCGGGAUGGCAGCUGCUCUAUGGACGCAUUUUGAGAUAACACAACCAGUCGGCUGGGUCCAGAAUACCAAAAAGAAAAGUAUGCGGGUCAAGGAGGCAAUUAUGUAUUCGGUGACUGGCUCGCAAGGCGUUGCAGGUGCUGGAAGAGUAAACGGCGUCGUCAAUUUUUACAAAGCUCUCCACUAUUACGACACAGUCCCCCCUGCCUACAAAGCGGAGUUUCCGGACCCAAAUGGCGGCUAUCAAGCUCAGGGAAGCGUCUCCCACAAGCUUUCCACCUCAUGGAGUUCCUCCUUAGGCCUUCUGUUCGUUUUAUUGGCACCUCUGGCCCAACACGCCUGGUUUCUGACGUCCCAUUGA